CCAUGUUUGUCUCUGGUUGCUGUGGUGGAGACGCGGCGCUUCAUUUUUUAAACUUUUUCUUCUAAAUUCAUGAAAUUCUUUAAAACGGAGACUAUCUGAAGCACAGGUUACAUGAGCUGUAAACCCAGAACAAUGAGAUAACCCCUGCACACGUGAACGCGCGAGAGAGAUUUAUCAGGUGAGAUUAUUCAAAGAAGGCCUGUGCCCGCUCCUCCAGGCGUCACCAUGACAACCACGGGGCUUCACAUCGGAGACCAGCUCGUCCUCGAGGAAGACUAUGAUGAAAACUACAUCCCGUCUGAGCAAGAAAUCCACGAGUAUGCUACAGAGAUCGGCAUCGACCCCGAGCGAGAGCCUGAGCUGCUAUGGCUGGCCAGAGAGGGGAGGGUGGCCCUCCUACCGCCCGAAUGGAAACCCUGUCAGGACGUGACGGGUGAAGUGUACUACUUUAACUUCUCCACGGGUCAGUCCACCUGGGAUCACCCCUGCGACGAGCAUUACCGUCACCUUGUGUCUCUGGAGCGGGAGCGUGCCCAGCAGGCCAGAACCGCUCCGGUGGCGCCCGCACUCGCUUUGGGGAAGAAAAACAAAGAGAAGAAGAAGAAAGAGAAGAGAGACAAGAAGAAGGAGAAGAGAAAAGACCAGGAGAGUGUAAGAGCUCCGGUGGUGUCAGGUGCUCUGGCUCCCAUCCGGGGUCUGUCUGAGGGUUCUGCUGCUCCUCUCAGAGGUGCCUUGGGCAGUUUGUCUGGACUAAAGCCUCUUAAAACAUCUCUAGGGGGAGCGAGGGUGAGCCGUCACGAGGAGCGGAGCGCUGAGGAAGACUCUGAGCAAGAGAGACUGCGGGACUCCGGUGGGCUUCUACACAACCUUCAUCUGGAUUUGGAUGCUCUGGGCGGAGGUCUUCUGUACGAGGAGAGUGAGGUCAGUGGCACGGUUCCGCCUGAAGAAAGAACAGAACCUGAACUACAAGAUCUGGCUUUAUCUGGAGAUCACAGCCCAGAGGGCUCCUCGGGUGGACGUCACCUCCCAUCCACACCACCGGGGGGCAGCAGGGAGUACAGCAGCAUAGCCUCCUGCCCGUUAACCUCUGAGGCUGCGGCGUCUAGUGUCCGAGAGGAAGACGAGGAAAUGAGUGACAGGAGCGAAGGAGUGCAGGAGGAGGUGAUGGAGGAGACAUGUGCAGAUGAGGAGAACGCCAGGAACAACAGAGACAGUGACGAGAGAGAGAGCUUCAGCAGACCUGACCAGACACGGAAGAGAUCAGACACUCGGAGAGAUAAGACUGAAGACAGAUUAGACGACCAGGGAAAUUUAACUGAAAACAGAUCACACACUAAGAGAGAUCAGGCUGAAAACAGAUCAGACACUAAGAGAGAUCAAACUGGAAACAGAUCAUACACUCCAAGUUAUCAGACUGAAGACAAAUUAGACCAUCAGACUAGAGACAGAUCAUACGAUCAGACUAAAGACAGAUCAAACAAUCAGAGAGAUCAUACUGAAGACAUAAUAAACAAUCAGAUUGAUCAGACGGAGAACAGAUCAUACACUAAGAGAGAUCAAAAUGAAGACAAAUUAGACAAUCAGAGAAAUCAGACUAGAGACAGAUCAAACGAUCAGACUAAAUACAGAUCACACAAUCAGAGAGAUCAUACUGAAGACAAUUUAGACGAUCAGAUGGAGAACAGAUCAUACAAUCAGGGAGAUCAUUCUGAAAACAGGUCAUACACUCAGAAAGAUCAGACUAGAGACAGAUCAUACGAUCAGACUAAAGACAGAUCAUACAACCAGAGAAAUCAAAAUGAAAACAGAUCAAAAACUUGGAGAGAUCACACUGAAAACAGAUCAGACAAUCAGAGAGAUCAUACAGAAGAUAGAUCAUAUAAUCAGAAUGAUCAGACAGAGGAAAAAUCAGAGUUAGAGAGAGAUCAGAUAGAGGAGAAACAGAAGAGAUCAGACAGUGAAAAAGAUCAGGCAGAGAAGAGAAAACAAGCAGAAGCAUUAGAGGAUGAAAGAGAGAGAACAAUACAGAGUGAGAAGAGUGUUUGCUCUGUGGAGGAAGAGUGUAGAGAGAGGGAUGAAGAAGAACAGAGUGAGGAAAGAGCCGAGAGCACAUCGCACCUGAUGAGUUCACAAUCACGUCACGAGAGAGACGGCAAACAUCAGACCGACAGAGAGAUCGAGCUCUUUCACAGUCCUGACACUCCUGCUCGUAUAACAAACAUGAAAUCAGACACACGCAAGUUUGUUCCUCAGUGGAAUCCUGUGUGCAGUGAGGAAUCUGAGGCUAUCGAGCCUGUGAAGUCACUGUCCUUCACUGAUGAUGUCCAGGGUAGUUUUCACACAAAGUUCUCAGAGAAUGUGUUUGACCUGAUGGAGCUGUCACCUGCAGAGAAGAGUAACGAGGCAGAGCGAGUGUUACAGGUGGACAGCUGGAAGGUCUCUGAUGAUGUCAUCAGGCUGGAGGAUGUGACGUCUGCCAAGAUCCUGCAGUCUGCAGACAUCAGCCGACCCUCGACCGCUCGCGGCCGCAGUGACAUCAGCACUCAUGGUGAUAGAGACAAGAGUGAGCAGAAGAAAGAAGAGCGACAGGCCAUCAGACAGACAGUGCUGGAGGAGAAGAGGAAGAGUGAUGAAGAGGAGAGAGACAGACGGAUGCAGGAGGAGAGCAGGAGACUGACAGAUGAGAAGGAGAAGAGACUGCAGCUCCUGCGAGCCACUCUGAUGAAGGAGGAGGAAGAGGAGGAGCUGAGGAUGAGGGAGGAGAGCGCUGAGCAGCUGAGAUUACUGAAGGAGCAGCUGCUGAGAAAGACACGAGACGAGGAGGAGAAAUUAAACACACUGAGACACACACAACUUCAACGAGUCAGGGAUGAGAGUGAGGUGAAACUCAGAGAUCUGCGUUCAGAACUGGAGGUGAAGCGUGAUAAGGUGGAAACAGAGAUGAGGCGGAGUCUGGAGCAUCUGAGGGCGGAGUCAGAGGAGGAGCUCAGAGCAGAGAGGAAGCGGCUUCUGGAGAAGAAGGACGAGCAGCUGACCUCCAUCAGACUAGAAACUAAACUGAGUGACAGACAGAAAGAUUUACGAAGUCCACGACCAGAACAACCUUUAGCAGAAUACCAGAGAGAGCUGACUGACGUGCUACAGGAAGUUCGCGAGGAAGUUGAGAGAGAUCACAGAAGAAAACUCCAACAACGGAAAGAGGAACAUCAACAUGAACUCCAAAACCUGAGAGAGACACAUCUGGAACAGGAGAGCCGAGAGAGAGAGCGUUUACUACAUUCUCUUCAGGAGGAGAGAGAGACUCUCAUCUCUAAACACACAACACAACUACACAAACUCCAAAAUAUGCUGGACACACAACUAGAGGAAAUCCGCAGGACACACACACAAAAGGAGUCAGUGUUACAGGAGUUGAUGAAGAAACUGGAGAUACAAACCAAAGAACUUCACACACAGGAGACUGAACUGCAGGCAAGAGAAUCAGACGUGAGGAAGAGAAGACAACAGCUGUGUGAGGAACACGAUGACAUUCAGAGAGGAGUACAGUCUCUACCGCUGCUGCUGAAGGAGAAUCAGGAUCUUCAUGAUGAGCUGCAGCGAGCACGAGCAGAUGUUCAGAAAGAGAGAGCAGAGAGAGAGCGAGAGAGCUGCAGAGUGAUGGAGGAGAGAGAGCGCUUGGAGAAGAGACUGUUACCCCUACAGGAGAGAUGUGAACAACUCACCUCCAGAGUCAGUGAACUGGAGCAGAAGAACACAGUGUCCAGGGUUAAAGGUGAAGCAGUGGACGAGCAGAAGAAGAUGAAGAAGAGAGAGAAUCAUCUUCGUCUGGAGGAUCUCGAGGCUCCGGCCAGUUCACCUUCAGACAGUGACACUAGUGUGGACGGUGUGAGACAGUACAUGUGGAAUGAGAGCGUCUCUCUCUUCAGAGCCCGUCAGUUUCUGAAUAGACAGAGUGAUCAUGUGUCAGACAGACAGGCAGCACUGCAGGCAGCUCACAGCAGUUUGAAGGACCCCACGACUGAGAGCUCCGCCAUACAACAUCAGCUCUACCACAACCUGCAGCAGGAGGUGAAGGAUCUGUCUGAGUUGAGAGAGACACUUCAGAAGGGCCAAAGUUUACUCAAAGAAAAAGAGGAAAAAUUAAACCUGCUGGAAACAUCACUAACUGAAGAGGUGUCGUGUGAGGAUGACGAGAGGUCAGCUGAUCGUAAAGUGACAUUUGAUGUGACUGAGUCGGAGACGAGCAGUGUGUACGGACACGAGGGAACAGUUCCUGUAAAGGUGCAGCAGUUGGCUGAUUCCCUGCAGGUGAUCUCAGGACAGCUAAACUCAGUUUUGGGUGCUUUGGGGUCACUCAACCAAAAACAGAACCCUCCCUCUUUGACCACCACUCAACUACCCUGUUCCUCGUGGGCGUGGCCUAUAAACCCCUCCCCCUCACUUCAUACACACAGACCAACGGAUUUGCUGCAGACAACCUGGUCCGCCCGGAACACAGAAACAAGCCGAGUCCACAUGACCUACUCAGGAUACACACCAGCAAGAUUAUCUGUUUGUCUGUGCAGUCUGUCAUCUCUGCGUCCGUCAGCCGAGGUCGAAGGUCACCGUUUGCAGAGUCUCAUUGAAGGAAAUAAACGUUGGCUGGAGGCCCAACGGAAAAACCGCAACAUGUAUCUUUACACACUUGAGAAAUAAAAACUCCGUCCAGCAGCAGCGGGUUCAUGCAGCUCAGCCUAGACGACAACAACCAGAUCAAAGUUCAUCAUUACUAAAGCUACACGCAACACUUCAGCAUCUCACCAAACACAUCAUGUCUUCUUCAGCAGGUGUUUUGUAAGAUCUAGUCAGGAUUUACACACACUUUCUGUGUGCAAUGUAUAAAUCUCAUUUGUACAAUAUUUUUGUAAGUACUCUCAAUAAAUUGUUUGUAUUUAG